GGUAAAGUUGUUUCGUCUGAAGAAAUAGAUGUUGUCGAUAGUGGUCGAUAUAAUGAAUUUGGUUGGGGCAAGCAUUGUUUUGAUAUUACUAUGCAUUCUUUGAAGGGUAAGAUAGAUUCUGGUUAUAAGAGGGUAGUUCGUAGUGACGAGGAUGGUGGGUAUUACAGGUUAUUGGGUUUUCCUUUGGCUAUUCAAUUCUGGUUUUUCGAGUGUUGCCCGUAUGUUAUUGGGAAACUGUCGUUGUACUCAAAUGUUGGCAUUCCAAGGAUUUUGAAUUGGCCUAAAUUACCCAAGGACAAGGAGGGUAUGGUGAAAAUGGAUGUCAUGAACACCCUCAUUUUCGAUCGGUCUUUGAAAGAGUUAAAAUUAAGAAACAUCACUCCAACUUCCGUUGACUGA